AUGGACACUGCGGAGAAUACGCAGCAUCACUUCCGAUCCUCCGUCAUGCGACCUCACAGCAACCUCCCGCGACCAGGCGCCUUCACCUCUGGCCUCUCCGAAAUGAACGAAGCGCAAAGCAACGCGCGCGCGCACCCGUCCAUGAUACCGCCGCCGGGCGCAUCCAAGAUUGGCUCCCUCAACAGCGCCAUGAACCUGAAGAGGGAGGUCCCCAAGCCAGCUGAGCAUUCGGCUACCAAGCACCACAAGACCCUCGCCGAGAGGGCAGGCGAAUACCCGACCAAGCCAUCCUCGGCGGCGGCAGGCGCGGGUGCUUCUGGCAUCGCCAGGGCCCCUUCUGUCAGGCGGGUGCCCGGGUCGACAUUGGCAGAGCGUCCCGUCUCCUUGGACAUGGCCCCCGAGUCGACUACGGCCUCCAGCAUCGUUCUCCGGCUUGACGGUCUUCGGACGAUCCUUUGGAUAGCGGUGCACCUAUUUCGCUCUAUACGGCAUAUCUGGCGGGCUGUCAUCCAGGCCGCUUCUCGAUCAUUCCUCUGGCAAAGGCUGCUUGCGUCCUUCCCGCUUCCCUGGCACAAAAACACCCUCCGCCGACCACGCUCUCGGCCUCAAAACGGUCCUUCAGUACCUACACCAACAUAUAUGCGAAGCGUCUCCGGUAGACUCCAAUUGUGGCUGGGAUUGCAAAGCGACGGCGACAACACACGUAGCUGCAUUCGACUACUCCUAGACGCCGAGGUCCAAGACGCCGAAUGCUACCAGGCCAUGGAAUGCGACGACGAGACGGACGACAGGGAUGAGCUGUGUUGUCUCAAAAACCCAGAUAAUAUCAGACCUCGAAUUGGGACGACGACAUCACGAUACAAUCAGAACAGCAGCUUCUCCGCGAGCGUCGGCCCCCGAGGCCAUGAACGUGCAAAAUCCUCCCUUGCUCACUCAAAGUCGGUACACGGACAGUCCCGGACCCGAAACACCAAUCCGCAUACGAGACCGCGCACGGCAUACGGUCAUCGAUCUGAGGAAGAGUUUGAUGGACCAAUGGAACAACAGCAUGGUACGGCUCUGCAUUCCCAGCGACUGAACUUUCUGCGACCCCUUGAAUUUCAGCCUAGCAAGGCUAGACAUGCCAGUCACACGUCCCAAAUGCAUUCGCACAGAGAAGUUUCUCUUAGCAGUCGGUUUGGCGCACUAUCCAUCAAGGACGACGCCAGUACGACAAGCUCAGCUCAAGAUGAAGAUCAAGUGGUUUUCAGCCAAUAUGGAGGAGACACUAGCGUCAGUUCAAUCUCGACCAUGGCGAGCAUCGCGCCAGUGGACAAUGCCACCAUGCGCGCGCCAUCACGCAGGGCCCUCACGAAACCGCCAGAUCUGUCGCCCAAGAAGAGGCAGGCCAGUCGCAUGACCGAUCCUGUCACGCCUUCGCCAGAUUCUAAGCGAUCGAGGGCAUUGAUGGAAAGACUCGAAGAAACAAUCAUUGCCAUCAAGGACUCGAGAUCCCCAGCUAGAUCCCCUUCUCCUUCUAGACUUCAUUUUCUCACAAAAGAUUCUAACUUGACCCAAUUCGUAGGCUGGGAUGUCGAGGGCAGGGUUGCCGAGCUUGACUCGCAGUUUAAGCAGGUGAAGGAGUCAAUGACUGUCAUGCUCUCUGACAAGGAGUUGAUGGACGAGCGAGUGGAGAUGUACAAGAAGAGAAUAUCUGAACUCGAAGCGGAACGAGACAAACUCGAAGACCGCAAUGGGAAUUUCCAAAAUGAAAUCAACAACAUGCGCGAACAGAUGCAAAAACUGACAAUUGAAUCCGAGACGGAAAAACGCAGUCACAAGUAUGAGCUCGAGGACGAAGCCCGGAAGCACCGCCACGAGCUGGACGAACUGCGACGCGAGCUCAAGGAUGAGACACAACGAGCGGAGAAGAGUCACCGCGAGGCUUUGGAUGCUCUUGAGCGACAUUUCAAAGCCGAGAUUGAGGAAGAGCGUCACCAGAAGUCUAGGGAGGUGCAAGAUUUACGAACGCGGCUCGGCCAUGAGCAGCAAGAUCUCAACGCCAUCCUUCAAAAGAAGGACAGAGAAGUGUCGGAAAUGAGAGGCACAGUGGAGACGCUCAAGGGAGAUUUGGACCGCGAGCAAAGUCUCAAAAAGGGACUCGAAGCCAGCAUUUCGGAACUCUCUGCCUCCAACGUCACCCUCGAGGCCAAGAUCAACUCGCUCAAGUCUCAUGUCGAGUUUCUCGAGUCGGAUAGUAAGGCUCAGUCAGACUCCUUCUCCAACAUGGAAGCCAGAUUGCAGGAAGCGCUCAAGGCGGCCCAAGUGGCCGAGGAGAAGCUUAUCAAGGAGGAGACGGAACGCCGCGUCCUCUUCAACAAGUACCAGGAGCUCAAGGGCAAUAUCCGCGUCAUGUGCAGAGUCCGUCCUGUACUCAGCUCGUCAGAGGGUACGCCGGCCAAGGUCACCUUCCCCGACGAGAAGACAUCUGCCGAGAUUGCAUUGCAGACGCAGGAAGUCAACAGUUUCGGCGACGUGUCGAACAAGAACAUCAACUUUGAGUUUGACAGGGUGUUCGACCCGUCGGCCCAGAACCAAGAUGUGUUUGACGAGAUUUCGCAGCUCGUGCAAAGCGCGCUCGACGGUUACAACGUGUGCAUCUUUUGCUACGGCCAGACGGGAUCUGGCAAGACGCACACCAUGUCUUCUGCAGACGGCAUGAUUCCUCGCGCGACGCACAUGAUUUACGACACGGUUACCAAGUUGAAGGAGAAGCAGUGGACCUACAAGAUGGAGGGCUCCUUUAUUGAGGUGUACAACGAGGAGCUCAACGACUUGUUGACGCCCAACAGCCGCGAGUCGGACGGCAGGGUGCGCAAGCUCGAGAUCCGACACGACGAUGCCCGCAAGCAGACGGCAGUGCUCAACUGCAAGACUGUGUCUCUUGAUUCGGCGGAUACGGUGGAGGUGAUGCUCGCUGAGGCGCAGAACAACCGGUCAGUGGCGGCUACCAAGGCCAACGAGCGGUCGUCGCGUUCGCACAGCGUCUUCAUCCUCAAGCUGUCUGGUUACAACUCGGCAACGGGAGAGCGGUGCGAAGGCACACUGAACCUGGUGGAUCUUGCGGGCUCCGAGCGGCUCAAACACUCGCAGGCCGAGGGCGCCAGGAUGAGGGAGACACAGAACAUCAACAAGUCUCUGUCGUGUCUCGGCGAUGUGAUUGAGGCGCUCGGCAAGAAGAGCGGGCACAUCCCCUAUCGCAACUCCAAGUUGACGCAUCUGCUCCAGUACUCCCUUGGGGGUAACAGCAAGACGCUCAUGUUUGUGAUGGUCAGCCCGUUGGAGGCGCAUCUGAAGGAGACGGUGACGAGUUUGCGUUUUGCUACCAAAGUUCAUAAUACCCAUAUUGGCUCAGCCAAGGCUACGAAGAAGGCGUAG